AUGGAUGCACAUUUGACUGUGGUACUCGCACAUGGAGGAACGGGGCUCAGAAUUAUGCACGGAUGGUCCUCGAUCAUAACGUGGGCCUCGGAUGCAGUGUUUAUGAUUCCGACCCGCCCGUGUCCACUCGAUACUUCCACAAGGUAUGGCAAGCGCUCGUGUCGAGCUCAUCGGAACCGGCGAGAACCCGAUAUCUACAUAAGGCGUGUAAGCCUGAGUGAUGUUAGAUUACCUUCAAGAGCAGAAGUCGCACAAAGCUAA